CGGCAUUCUGAAUGUCUCUCCUGUAGCCACAGAAGCCGAGAUCCAUGAGCGACACAGGGCGUUGUCGCUGAUGUUCCAUCCUGACAGGCAUCCCGACGAAAGCCAUAAAGCGGUAGCUACGCAAAAUUUUCUUGAAGUUCAACGCGCAUUUGAAGGUGCGGGUGCGCGGGCGUGACAUGGUCGGCUUAUGGACUCACUGGAAGCGCUGUCUACGAUGCGUUGGGUGAACGCGGUCUUUCGGCUAAUUGGCUGGAAGAAACUAGGACCAGAUCCAUCGAGCAGCGAGAUGUCAUCUUCAAACAAUUCCAGCGCGACUCGCUGCAGCAUGACGCAGAGAGCGCCAUUUCUCCGAGGGGCCGAGUCGUUUGCAAUCUGGAUGCGUCCGGAUUGCUGGAAGGCGGGGAUGUGUCUGAUACCGCCCGCGGACAACAAGUCCGACUACUGAACUUUUCUGUGCAUCAUCAUGUCAGUAAAAGGAUAAGUGAAAAGUCAACUCUUGGAUUGGCUGUCCGCAUCGCUCGGGCUGGUGCUUCGGGUCGAGGUAACUUUGUUGGCACGCUUCGACAUCAGUAUUCGCCACGGCUGCUCCUUCAAGCUUCAGUCAAUGUCCUCUCGCCUCGCAAAGUCACUCUUAAAUCGCAGUACGAGUCCGAGCACGGCCGCAUCUCGCUCGAGACGUCGAUUAGGGGCGGGGAUCUGUCGCAGCGCCCGCCCGUGCUCGUCUCUGUCCAGCGCGCGUUCUCGCGCUCCUCGUUGGGCUCGCUGGACAUCGGAUUCGAUUCCCGUUAUCCGCAGGUGACGAUCGGUGUGCACCCUAUCCAGCGUGCUUCUCCAGCAUCGGCACAUGAAAAUCGCGCGCUGAUUUCGUGGUGCUAUGGGCUCAAUCUAAAUUCUUACGACCCCACCGUCUUUGGCGAACUCAUCGCGUCUCUGGCGGAUCUGUGCAUCCAGAGCAGGCUUCGCCUGGAGUACGGAUUCUUCGGUCCUACGUGGGUAUUUUCCGCCGCUUGGCAAAGCCAGGCGGCGAGCAUUUCUGCUUUGAUGAAAUUGAGCGACGAGGGGGUCGGAUUUACCCUCGACUCGAGCUAUCACGAACAGCGCCUGAGCAUACCCAUCCGCCUCUGCCAUCAGUACAACGAGGCCGUCGCUCUGUGGACUGCCGUGAUCCCCGUUGCCGCCUGUUUGUGCGCGUAUGUUCUCAAAUCGAGGACGGUGCGCCGCCUGCGAGAGCUCGAAAUCCGACGGGCUCUCGAAGCACUGGAGCCUGAUUCUCCGUCUCGACGGCAUGCCGAAGAGUUGAUUUCGGUAUUCUUAUCUCCCAAAGCUCAAGAGUCUGCACGACGCGAGCAGGCAUCAGGUGGCCUUAUUGUCCUGGAAGCAACGUACGGGGCUCUGGACUGCCAUGACAGAGAUCGUGGUUUGUCGUGGGAUAUCACUAUCCCGCUGCAGACCCUGGUCCGGCGUUCCCAAUUGUACAUUCCAGGUCGACAUCCCAAGAGCUCUAUUAUCGGUUUUCUCGAUCCUGCCCCGUUCGCGACAAAGUCUAUCCGCGUCCGGUAUCUUUUCCGAGAUCGACCGCAUUUCACAGAAGUUCCUGAGCAUCUGAAUCUGGUCUUACCCUUGCCAGAUCAUGCCCUGUGAAGGAACAUUAUUCCUACGAUCCUGUGAAAUCCACCCCGCAAUCUGUCAAUGAAAGAUAUAGCCUCCAUAAUUCUCGUGGUUCUCGGAUCAGGCAGUGACUGUUCACGCGGCGUCCAUCUUGCGCGCCUGCGCGUGAUUUCCAGACAACGCGGGGUUAGCCCGAGAGCCCGCUCAGCUUCUCUUCAUUGGUUGGCUUUUAGCCGAUCGGAUUCUCAUUUGCUGAGGGUCGAUCACCGCCAAACCGGCCUGUGUCCCUCGGCGCCCGAUUUCAUCUUCGAUGAUUCGAUGAAGCGGGUCGCUGAAAGACUUCAUUAGACCAUGAUCUACGGCAUACAUGCAGCUCCAGUGCAUGCUCGCGAAAGUCUUCUAUAUCCUUCUUGAAGGACGAUUUGUUUGCGGAUAACUCAAAUCAAACUUUAAAUAAAUAAUCGUCCAGUUGCGCUGCGCUUCGACCCUCCUAGGGUGCUCACGCACGGUAUUUAACCUCCCCUCGCUCGCACCAUCCAUCUAUCUACGUAUUAGCCACUGCACCCACCCUCCCUCCCCGGCCAUUCCACGAGUCCUUGUUAACCAUGCAGCAGCCGACUCUGCGCAAUGUGCGGAUCCGCAGCACACGAGAUGCCCUCGCUGUGUUCUACGCGGUCGCGCGCAGCACGCUACCCCUGAUCACCCGUCGCCUGGACGCGGAGGAGCGGCUCGCCAUCGCAGCGGGGACGGUCUUCGUCUGGGAGGAGAACGCGAAUUCCGAGGCGACCGGGCUCGGGAUGGAGCGCUGGACCGAUGGGAUGGGCUGGGGUCCGAGCCGCGUCCGCGAUGAGUUCCUGUUCUACCAUCAAAAGGACUGCGAUGCCGUCGACGAGCCGAUCAAUCCGAUGACCCCCUGGGCGCAGAUGAUGAGGAAACGGUCUGCGCGCGGGGCAGCGGCGUGCGGCGUUUCCCGGAAACUGCAGCGACUGCACAAACAAACAUACAGCGUGAUUGUAACACUGCCGAAGGAUCGACCAUGCGGGAUGGUGCGCAAGUGGCAUUUGACGGCCUACUUCAAUCAAGAAACCUUAAAUGAGCUAGAUACCAUUGACGAUUUACGAUACCUCGACAUGCCGGUUCCUGAUGGCUGGUUCAGGAGCGCGCGUGCUACGAAGACUCGCCGCGAGAAUCGGGCAUUGGGAGGAGGCAUUGACCAGCAGCAGCAGCAUAACCGUCCGUCCGAGCCCGGCCGGGUGAGCUCUCCCACGUCCCCACUGGCAGCGGGCUGUGAUAUGAUGGCAACGUUCAACCCUGUCCCGGCGGCACAGACAAGGUUCCGCGGGACCCUCAGAGCGGUGUUCCCCAGCAGCAGCGGCAGCCCCAAGCUCCUGCUACCCCUCCCACCCUCGUCUCCGAAACGCGCGGCUUUCAUGAUGUCCUCAGGGCUCGUACCCCUAGAAUAUCUCCAAAAACAUUCCCAGCGAAAUCGAAGAAAUCCGACUGACGAGCAGCUCCUUCGGCGGUUUGCCGCUGGAGUUUAUUAACGAGAUUUUUUAUUCUUUUCUUUCUCUCCCUCAGGCGCCGAGAGAGAAAUAGCCUCUCCAGUUCUCACGGACCCACGGAGCGCGAAGGGUCAUGUGCGAGAGGUUAAACCAUGAUCAAGCUUUUCGAACCCCUAGUAGAUCCAAAUACCCUGUAAAAAGACUCGCAAACAUAUACCACACCCUAUAGGCUCGAGAUAGCGCCUUUCGGAAC